GUGAUCCGAUAGAGAAAGGUUUGAUAACUGAAUGCCUUGCCUUCUACUGUUCGGAUUGUGCCAACCGUCAGGAGGAGCAUCUGGCGUACCGGAAAAGAGGGUCUAUAAGACCUCCUCGAUGUAUAGAGAUAAGGAGUGGGCUCUUGAUUGGGUGGGGGGCCUGCACGAGGCGGGAUGUGGGGCCGCUGUGUUCCUGAAGAACGUCGCGGCCGACGACUGGUUCUGUCUUGGAGGGAUCAUAAGAUCCAAGGAUGAGAGGGCGGACGGGCACGGGCGGAAGUUCAGGAGGUUCUUCCUCACGACAGUGUUUGAAGAACACGGAGUGGAUCACGCUAAGGUUGACCAUAAGGUCAGCCUUGACUACAAUUUAUUCAAGGGGUAUGGAGCUAAGGCGAUUACCAUGCGAGCGUUCGAUGUAUCCCCGAAGGAAGACGGGAGCGCGUUGACGAUGCUUGACCCCGUGAAAUUCCUCGCCAAAACAAACGGGUACAGGCGAUCCGGAAACAGUCCCAUCGUACAGGCCGGGCAUCGAAUGUCUUCGACGCUCGUGCCUUUUGACACGCCGGGCGAGGAUCUCCCGGAUAUAGCGAAGAGAGUGAGACAGAGUUCGGCGGAUUGUUUUCCAACGCAACAGACCUCAGGUGGUGGAAGCCGGCGUCGAAAAAAACAGAGCCAGCCUCGUCAUCACACCGAGGAAGGGGCGCGAGGUCCUUCUGUCGAAUCGGCCCGCUUGAAGGAAUGUGCAGGACCGUCUCGGCAGUCCGCCCAACAACGCGGAGGCACCCCUGUCGUCACAUCCUCAAGGAAGGGAUCGGCAGGUUGUCGGCCUCCUGAUCGCCAGGAGGGCGAUGGAGGUGCGUCCAGAAGGGCAGUCAUGCGGGAGAGGAGCGAGGGAUCAGACGAAGAAACGGAGAACGAUUCCAAGAUUCAUGUCGAGCGGAACGCGCAGGGUAAUCUUGCCGUCGAUGAUGAGCAAUGUGGGGUCCAAGAGGACGAUGCCAACGAGGACAUAAGCGAUCGAGAGAGAGAGGGCGAGGAGCGUGAGGACUCUCUGCCCGACUGCGAGGAUGGAGAGUCUCGACAGUUCGAUGGGGGCGACUAUGGGGACGGUGGGGAAAACGAUGAAGACUGCCUUGCCGAUGAUGAGGAUGGAGGGGAGGAAGGGUCCGAUGAUAUGGAGGUCGAUGAGGGAGCAGGAGAUCAGUCGGAGGGCAGUGUGCAGAAAAGGAAGCGGCGAUCUUCAACAAGUCCGACGGGGGCGGCGGAUAAACGCGUUCCCAAGAGACUCACAGUCGCUGUAUCUCGAGAGGCACUAAGAGCUUCUCAAGAGGCGGCCACUGAUAGCGUGAAGAACAGAAAACGGAAGGCGUCAACUAGAGCGACAAAAGCGGAGAAACGUCCGAUGAAAAGAAAGCAGAUGGUCGACGAGGGUGACUCCGGAGAAGACGCCGAAGGGGUUGCUCCUAGGGCUCCGUCCGAACAGACAGAGCGUUCCUCUGACAAUCGAUCUGCCACAGUGGACACAACAAAAUGCUUCUUCUUGGAGUUCGAUGAAGAUGGCUACGCGAGGAAGGAUCGGGUACACAUUCAAGUGGAUGUAACGAAGAUCUUGCCAAUUCCGGAAGGUGACAUCCUCUACAACCACAGAACGUUGGACGAAACAUUGGUGCAGUCCAUAUACGAUGCGAUCCAUAAUGCGGCCAAGGAAACCAACGGUAAGUGGGAUUUCAUGACUUUCAUCCUGGCCCCCAUUGUGCCCAGCCGGGACGGCUCUCAAGGAAGACGGAUCACACCACAGGAAUUCGACGUCGAGGAGGCGCAUACGUACCACUGGUAUGCUGUUGCCGGCCAGCACACGGCUGAGGCUAUGAACAGACUCAUAGUGGACAAGUCACCGGCCGAGAAAAGAUACGGUUUGAGGUCAUAUUCUCACGUGGGUGUUGUCUACUUUGACGACAACACAAAGAGAGGAUAUCCGUAUGUCUCGGCAUUCGACAACACAAGGGAAGAACGUUCUGUCCUGCGAUCGUUUUCGUCGUCGGUGCGGCAAAUCAGAACUUAUUGGGAGAAGAGGUGUGGCCGCAUCCCAAAAAACGGCCUCACCGACUUGAAAUGGACCGAGGAACGCGACCGCAUCCCUGACGACAAGGCAAGGAAAGUGCCGAGGCGUUUGGGCGGUCCUGAUGAGAUAAAUGGCGAGAACGGUGCGGGGCUGGAGGCAACCCAAGCCAUGUACAAGGAAACCCCGUUCCACCUCAAGUGUUUCAUCUAUGAGGCGAUCAAUCGCUUGGACGAACUCAGGGCUGAGGUAAAUCGGAUGUCCUGCAAUGCUCUUCACAUCUUUUGGGAAGUUGGGAAAAGGAUCACAACGAUCAUGCCGUAUGAAAUCGAACCGAAGGGAGUGCUCACCGAUAACGAGGAGGUUGCCGGUACGGCGAGGGGAAUGAGGAUACGAGCAGCCAUUCUUGAUAUGUCAACAUCACCCAAGCGUGUUCCGUGGGAUGAUGGCGCUUUUUCCAGACUGCACGAUUUCCUCACGACGUGUUGUGGCAAAAACUGGGCAUUGAUCAUUUUCUCGUCGAUGAAGCACCAGAGACAGGUGAUGCAGAGUGUGUACAAGUGGGACGAUGUCGAGGUGCUCACCGGGUCUUGGUACAGACACUACACACUGUCGACGACUGUGAACAAGUACGGCAACAUUGCGGUUCGGUAUAUUGAUAUGAUGGCUAUUGUCCUCCACGCCGAGAACCGCAACUUGAGCAAUAUAACGAUUGCGCCAAAAUUGCGAGCGGAGAUCACAAAUUUGAACAUUGAAGAGGGUGAAUUUGUGAGGUGCUCAGGGGAGUGUAUCGGUGUGGAGGGCGACACUGAAGCGGUUUAUUCUUGGAUGGAACGAGAGCCUGCACAUCUCCAGAAGCUAUGCAGCUCGUUCAUCAGGGAGGAUGACGGCGUGAUGCUGCUGGGCAAGGCACAUGUGGGACUGAUAUGGAAACUGGCUAAGGCCGGACACCGCGUGUUUGCAUGCGACGACACGACAAAGGAGUUCACCUACCUUUCCAAGUUCUUGGAAUUCAACGUGAAGGACCCGAGGAACAAAUGCAAGUUCGAAAAACCCCAAGUCGAGCACCGCAAGGACCGGGACAUAUACUACAAGCUCGGUAGGAAAAGGGAUAAAGUGUGGGCUUACUUGUUCGGUGAUGCUCCACAGUCGGCAUUUGAUAACGACUACAUCCUCACGAAAAGCGAAAUCGAGAUGGCAAUGAACGAGUACCACGACUCCCACAUGGGUGCUUUCCACAUGUUCGUCGCACGUUGCGAGCAUCUCUAUUUCAAUAUGAAGAAAAGAGCACUGGACAGCCGGGACUAUGCAGACUUAGCACGUAAAGCCGACAACUUCAAGAACAUCGAUUGCGACGAUGACACAUCAGACUCCGACCUGGACAUCCCAUCGUGCGCAGCACGAGGUGCGGUGGGGGGAGCGCCUGGAAUAGAGCCGCAGGGGAGCACCGAUGGACCUGCGGAGAGGCCGAGCUCGAGCAUGGGAGCAACACAUGCAAAUGAGGGGAAUGCGAAAACAAGAAACACCGGAAGUGGGGAAAGGAAUGGUGUAGCGAUAAACCCGGUGGGUGCGGGCGAGGGGACAGUUAACUCACAGGGCAACACAGGGGGGGGAGAGAAUGGGUGUCCAAUGGGCCCGCCGACAACCGGACUAUCAUCGACACGUGGAAUGCAAGCGGAACAAAGAACAGUCAUGUCCAUGGACACUGAUGACGACGAAGAGUUGGACAUCACAGCGAUCAAGUCGAAGCUCGUGCCAUGAAGACCGUUGCCUCAAGGAUUUGCCCCCACCCCGUCGGUGCCAUACUUGCUGCAGGACAAGU